AUGUAUUCUGAUUGGGCAUCUCUUCAAACAGCAAUUCAAAAUGAUAAAAGUAAUGUCAGCGUCUUGCAGUCGUACCCAUCUGGGGUUGGAAAGGAGGUGGCCGUAUCAGUGGUUAAACAUCUCGCAUCCACCAUUAGUUUGGCAGCAACCAGUUCUCACUCAGCGGUUAAAGACAGUAAUUUGGAAACGGAGAAGCAAGUACACUGGACAAUGGAGGUUGUGUGUUUUGGUCUAAGUCUGCCUCUCUCAGAGCAUGAUGCCAUUCGAGACUGUGUUAAUGUAUACUGUGAAUGGUUAUCUGUUUUGACCAUACCAAAGUCAUCCAUACCUGAACCAAUUCUACGAGAUCCCAAUCCACACUGCCAAAGAAUAUUUCAUCAUUUGGUCAAUUUAUUUGAGCCAAGAGAACAUGGUGAAAGCAAGAAACAAGUGAUUCUCUGCCAUCGUGUGCUGCGAACAGUACAAUCAGUCUCCAAAGAGAGCAAAAUUAUGUCUCGGCAAACCUGGGAAGUGCUCUUACAGUUUUUAUUAUCUAUUAAUGACAAGAUACUAUCACUGCCCACGGAAUCAA